AUGUGGACUAAAUUCACCGAUGCAGAAGACAAAAAGCUUGUUGUGCUUGCGCUUGAAUAUGAGUCCCAGCGCAAGCGAGUUCAAUGGAAGGAGGUGGCACGCGCCAUGCGGGGCAAGUAUUCGGCCCAAGCCCUUCAGAGUCGGCUGCGUGCACUCAAGCGAACCUACGGAAUGGAUAUUUCGCGGUUCCCACGCUUUUUUUUCUCGACACACCGAGUCAAGCGGAACGAACUAUCUGUGAUGUUUUCAGUACUGUAUCGGCGUUCGAGGUUCGACAACAAGCUGGAAGGACAGAUGAGAACGCAGGUGAGGUGCUUCCUGCUGCGGUUUCAAAAAUAA